GUCAGUAGAGCGACACUUCGUGAUGACGCGAUUAGUAUGGGACGUCUCUGGUAGUUAAUUCUGUACGAAAACAUUGGUGAGAAACGCAGUUUCAGCCUAUGGCAUCUUGAUGGUGAAUUGAUGUAUUUUAUUCUUUAAUCAUGAAUCGGUUUGAGCCAGAAUAUGAUUCCUAUGCAAUAGAAGAACCCAGUGAUGAAGAACCUGGACAUAGCAGCUCUGAGGAUGAAUUGGAUGUACUUUUACAUGGAACCCCUACACAGAAGCGCAAGCUGAUUCGUGAAUGUCUCACUGGAGAAAGUGAGUCUUCAAGCGAUGAUGAAUUUGAAAAAGAGAUGGAGAAUGAGUUAAGCUCUACCAUUAAGACAAUGGAAGUGAGCUGGAAACCUUCCACUCAAGUUGCGUCCUCUAGUUGUGGUGCCCCUUCAGCCGAGAGCAGCACUCAGCAGUAUUAUGAUGAUAUAUAUUUUGACUCUGAUUCUGAUGAGGAAAUCAACAACACACAUGGCAGUAAGGAGAGGCGUCAAAAGAAGCGCCAAGUGCUUACCAACGACGAACUUCUAUAUGACCCUAAAGAGGAUGACCGGGACCAGGAAUGGGUGGAUGCUCGAAGAAGAGGCUACAGGAACAUCAGAAAGAGUAACCAAACUAAAUCCCAGCAGACUAAAGAACCUGCAUUACCCAACAGUGAUGCUGUUUUGAACUGUCCUGCUUGUAUGACCACACUCUGCUUGGACUGCCAGAGGCACGAGUCAUACAAGACCCAAUAUAGAGCCAUGUUUGUUAUGAAUUGCUCCAUCAACAAGGAAGAGUUGCUCCGAUUCCCAAAUCAUCUCCCAGCCAAGCACAAGCGAAGGCAUCGCAAGAAGACCAAGCUCCCCCCAGCUGAAGAAGCAGUAGGAACUACAAGCAGCAAGGACACAGAAGAAAUGUAUCACCCAGUCAAAUGCACAGAGUGUUCCACAGAAGUUGCUGUUUAUGACAAAGAUGAAGUGUAUCAUUUCUUUAAUGUCCUUGCCAGCCAUUGCUAGGUCUCACUCCCCUUGUGGACAUUUGCUGGAGAUCGUUCUCAUCUGUGAUGCAUACAUACCUUAUCCUACUGGAUAAACCAUUUAAACAAGAAAACAAAGGUUUAAUCCCUUUGAUUUUAAGGUGUUCAUUUUUUGUAGUACUUUCUUGUUUUGAUUUUUUUUUUUUUUUUUAAACUGUUGAAACAAAUGGAGCAACACAAAUAUAGGACUAUUUGUAAAUGGCAUGAACUCUUAAAUUCUAAAACUGUAAGGGAUUGUCAAACAAGAUUUUGAUCUGACUGUCCUUGAACAGACUGAUGGCUAUGGAGAGUUUUCAUUUAAUUACCAAAAUUGGUCGAAACCCAUAAAGGAUUUUAUAUAUAUAUUUGUUUGUGUGGUGGGGGCACUUCAUUUGUUUAUAUGUUCAGCCUUCUUUCAGAUUACUUUGUAAAUAGAAUUUCAUGCAUCCUUUACCAAAAAAAAAAAAUAGAGAAAAGAAAAUUAACAAAUUUUUUUUUUUGUAUAUAUAUAUUUUUAUUUUUUUUGUAUAUUUUUUUUGUCCACUUUUUUUUUUUAUUCAAAUCCAAGUGUAAGGGAACCAAUUAAUGUUUAGGUUUUUUUAUGUCACAGAACUGCAGUGUUGGCCUUCUUCUGAUUUUAAAACAUGUAGGAACAAGUCUGUCACACUAUUUCAUAGAUCAAACGUUAGUUGUAAACUUAAAAUGAUAUCAAACACUACUUGCUUUAGGGUAAAAAUUGUAUUUUGCUCACUCUCCUUAGGGAGGUCAUAAAGCAAAUUCUGUAACAUUCAAAUGCUGCAAAUCGAAUAACUGGUUUAGGCAAUUUGCAGCACUUUGAAAGCGUAGGUUACAGAUCUUGCUUUUUGGUUUCUCUAGGGAAAGUGGGACAAGUACUAGUUUUACACAAAUGUUAAAGGAACAUUGAAAAUCUCUUUCAACUGCUAUUGACAUCAGAAUCUAUAUGCACUUUAAUGGAGAUCUGCUAUCACCACCUGUUUACAACUGAAAAAAUUGAAUGUGACUAUAUUGGGCCACCUGAGAGAAUAUUAUGUUAAUUUCCCUCCUCUUUUAAAGGAAAUUAUCUUUGCAAACUAUUUAACAUCAUGUUUGCAGGAAAAAGAGAAUAUAUGUCAAAUUUUCUCGAUUUAUUUUUACAAGGGCAAGUUUUAAUAAUUACCUAAAAUUUGGUGAUACAAACAAUAACUGUAAUGGCAGUUUUGAUUUGCCUUAAAAUAAGUAGUUUAGCUUUUUAUAUUACAUGGAAUCCAAAAAAAAUAAAUCUAUUUUAAUUGUGUUCUCAAA